AUGUCAAUUGUAUCUUUGCUGAACGUCAGCAUUUUAAACAAUCCGGCACCAUUUACUGACCCUUACAAGUUUGAAAUUACUUUUGAGUGCUUGGAGCCUCUUAAGGAUGACCUGGAAUGGAAAUUGACAUAUGUUGGAUCAUCUACCUCAUUUGAGCAUGAUCAAGAGCUCGACUCGCUGCUGGUAGGUCCUGUGCCUGUUGGCGUAAAUAAGUUUGUAUUUGAAGCCGAUCCUCCAUCUCCAGAUCUGAUUCCGGCAUCGGAACUUGUAAGUGUGACUGUGAUUUUACUUUCAUGCUCAUACGCGGACAGAGAGUUUGUGAGAGUUGGGUAUUACGUCAAUAAUGAGUACGACACCGAGGAGUUACGCCAAAACCCUCCAAAUAAAGUUCAAGUGGACCAUAUAAUACGAAAUGUGCUUGCGGAAAAACCCCGAGUUACGAGGUUUAACAUUGUCUGGGACAGUGAUGCACAAGGGGAAGAAUUCCCACCAGAACAACCAGACGCUGAUUUGGCAGAUGAUGACGAAGACUUAUAUGCAGCAGAAGACGAAGAAUAUGAUGAAGAUUUUGAGAAUGAAGCCGAAGGUGAUGCUGAGGCGUUAGUAGAUGGCGAUAACGAAAAGAAUGAGUCUACGGAGAAAGAAGAGGGAGGACCUACAGCUGAGGGAGAUGAUUCCAAGGAAGAAACUAAUGAAGAUCUCGAGGUGGAUUUAGAAGCGGAGUCUGAAGAUGAUGAGGGAGAUGUUGAAGAGGAAGAAGAGGAGGAUUUAGAAGAUGAUGGGGAAGCUCAAGACAAGCCCAAGCCCAAGCCCAAGCCAGAGCAAGAGCAAGAGCAAGAGCAAGAGCCUGAGCAAGAGCCUGAACCUGAGCCUGAGCCUGAACCAGAGCCAGAGCCAGAGCCCGAGUCUGAAAAAUAA